UCUACAACUAUCAAAUAUCCAAAUAUUAUAUAAACUAUAUACCCUCUUCAAUAUUACAAUGUUUGAAACUGACAACCCAUACAUACAUACAUCAUCAUCAUCAUAAAGUGCAAGCUGAUUUUAAGCUUUCAGUAUCAUACCAUCAAACAGGUUGUGUUUGGAAGUCAUCAUGCCGACUAUGGCUCUUUCGUUGCACACUGUAUUUCUCUGCAAAGAGGAAACCGUUAAUUUGUAUGCCAGAUCAGCAUGCCACGAGCGGACCCACAGGAUUGGAUCAACUUCUUCCAGUAUAGUUAUGAUGAAAGUUCGAUCUAAUAACAGACAUUAUAAAUGUUUCCAGUUGUUUAGAUCUUAUAAGAUGAAUCGUUUGAUUCCGUUGUCACAUUUCAAGGAGAAAUCUCCAAUUUCUAGCAUCAAUGCGUUUAAGGCAAUAGAAAGAUUUGAUCUUAGAAGGGGUGUGACUCUGAUUCUUCAAAACCAAUGGCGACAAUUCAUACAAUUGGCGAUCAUAUUGGUUUGCACGUUCGUCGUCAUUCCAAAUGUUGACGCUGUCGAUGCUCUAAAAACUUGUACUUGCUUACUCAAAGAAUGCAGGAUUGAACUUGCAAAAUGUAUAGCAAACCCAUCGUGUGCAGCAAAUAUUGCAUGUCUCCAAACUUGCAACAACCGACCUGAUGAGACCGAAUGCCAGAUAAAAUGCGGUGACUUGUUCGAAAACAGUGUGGUGGAUCAAUUCAACGAAUGUGCGGUUUCACGCAACAAAUGUGUGCCACGUAAAUCCGACGUGGGUGAAUUUCCGGUCCCGGAUCCAAGUGCAUUGGUCAAAAGCUUCAAUAUGAAAGAUUUUAGUGGGAAAUGGUAUAUCACAAGUGGUUUAAAUCCAACCUUUGAUAUCUUUGAUUGUCAACUGCAUGAGUUCCACAUGGAAGGUGAUAAACUUGUCGGGAAUCUGACCUGGCGCAUAAAAACGCCAGAUGGCGGAUUCUUUACGCGGUCUGCUGUGCAAACGUUUGUGCAAGAUCCGAAUCUUCCUGCAGCUCUUUAUAACCAUGACAAUGAGUUCCUUCACUAUCAAGAUGACUGGUACAUCUUAUCUGCCCAAACGGACAACAAACCCGACGACUACAUAUUCGUAUACUACCGUGGAAGAAACGACGCAUGGGACGGAUACGGUGGGGCCGUGAUCUACACAAGAAGCUCAAAAUUACCACAAACCAUAAUCCCACGCUUACAAGCCGCAGCCCAAAGCGUGGGCCGCACCUUUGAAACUUUCACAACUACCGACAACACAUGUGGCCCAGAACCACCUUUGGUGGAGAGACUUGAAAAGAAAGCCGAAGAGGGCGAGAAGUUCAUCAUAAAAGAAGCCGAGGAAGUGGAGAAAGAAGUCGAGAAAGAAGUGGUUAAGGUUCGAGACACUGAAGUGAGUUUGUUUCAACGGUUACUCGAAGGGUUCAAAGAGUUGCAACAAGAUGAAGAAUAUUUUCUUAAGGAGUUGAGUAAAGAAGAGAAAGAACUUUUAGAUGAUCUUCAAAUGGAAGCUACUGAAGUUGAAAAAUUGUUUGGGGGGGCGUUACCGAUUAGGAAGUUGAGAUAGAAUUUUCGGUUUUCGAUUACGUGAGGUGCAAGAAACUAUAUAAACAUUUAUGUAUGUGUAUAUACAGAAAUUCAAGUUGGGAAAAGAAGUUAUUUUUUUGAACCCGA